AUGGCGCAUUUCUACCAUGUGACCACGCAGAGACCCACGGCCAUAAUCAAAACAUGCACUGGGCACUUCACUGGUCCUGAUGAUCUCAAUCUGCUUAUUUGCAAAAAUAAUUACAUCGAAGUAUUUGAAGUUACGUCUGAGGGCCUUAGACUCAUUCGGGAUGUACCAAUAAAUGCCAAAAUUGUUGCGGCAUGUUUAUUCCGACGAAAGGAACGCCAAACGGAUUCUUUAUUUAUCCUCACACACAAGGCUGGUUUUGCUCUAAUCGAGUGCGCGCGCAAGGGCGAUGAUGUGCACUUUGUGACAGUCGUAUCUGGAAGUGUUGAAGAUUGUGGCGCACGGUUAAUUGAUCAGGGAUUUGAUGUGCUCGUGGAUCCCGGCGCUAAUUGUGUCGUCGUUCGCUUGUAUCAUGGAUUGCUGAGAAUAAUACCCUUGAACGGCAUCGGUGAGAAGUUAUCCACGGAUUCCUUAGAAGUCAGUCAAUAUGCUGCCAAUACGUACAAUGUUCGGAUUGAAGAGGGAAACAUUGUGGAUAUGGCCUUCCUUCACGGAUACACACUCCCAACUUUCGCUAUGAUUUAUGAAGAUGAACUUGUCCUUCAUAUGAAAACAUACGAAAUAUCUGGGCGGGAACCGGCAUUAAGGAAUGUGCAGUUGACUCUGGAUUCCAUUGAACCUGACUCAAAAUUGUUGAUUCCAGUUCCAAAGCCCUUUGGAGGUGUCAUCUUGGUUGGAGAUAACAUUAUCUACUACCACACAAAGGACGGACCCCACAUUUCGCAAUACAUACCACAAGCAAAGGCCAGCCAGGUUCUCUGCUAUGCAGCCGUUGAUGCACAAAGAUACCUUCUUGGUGAUAUGGCUGGUCGUUUGUACAUGGUCCAUUUACUGGCAGAAGACCAUACUCCCUCAGGCAAUGGUCUUUUGGGAUCCACCAGUAGUGCUGCUGUUCCGAGCGCCAGAAUUGGGUCUAUUCGGAUCGAACUUCUGGGUGAGACAGCAACUCCCGAAUCGAUAGCAUACGUUGAUAAUGGGGUGGUGUUUAUUGGCUGCACUCUGGGUGACUCUCAGCUGAUUCGGCUUAACCCGGAUCCGGAUCCGGAGCGUAACAGUUACAUUACGGUAUUGGAGAACUACACCAACAUUGGGCCCAUAGUGGAUAUGGUGCUACUGGAGAGCAAGGGACAAAACCAGCUGAUCACAUGUUCGGGUGCGUAUAAGGAAGGAACCCUACGGAUCAUUCGCAACGGGAUCGGAAUCCAUGAACACGCAACCAUCGAUCAAGACCUUAUCAAAGGGGCAUGGUGUUUCCCCCUUGAAUCCGACCGCUACGAUGAUUCCAUUGUAGUUUCAAUGGUUGGCCAAACUCAAUUGUUACGACUAACCGAUGAUGAUAUAACUGCAUUACAUCUUGAUGGAUUCAAAACUGAUGAACAGACAGUCUACUGUGCGACAUUGUCACCCAUGGAUGCAUCCACUUCAGAUAACCCGGAAUCGUCAUCACGAUCAUAUUCCGUGUUCCAACAUUCCCUUCUCAUGCAAGCUACGACUUCAGGGAUCCGGUUGAUUGGUAUACACCAUCUAAAUGGAUCAGGUUGCCUGGCUGAAUGGCGUUCGCCCAGUGGUCGUGGCAUUUCAUGUUUGAGCUCGCACGGCGCACUGAUUGUGGUUGCCAGUGGACCGGAACUCUAUGUCCUUCGUGUCGUUGGCCCGGCAAACCAACCAUCGUUUGAGCAAGCCGCCCACCGUACAAUGUCCAACGAAGUCGCCUGUAUCGACCUCACACCGUUUGAUCAUAAGCGUGCAGCCUAUGCUGCUAGUCAGACGUCGACCAUUGAUGAGCCUGUCGAUUACACCGUACCCCAGUUAGUUGCUGUUGGCCUUUGGUUAGGCUACGGACUAGCAUUGCUCCGGCUUCCCAACUUGGAAUUGGUGCACGAAGAGCGUUUCCCGGAACUACUGCGUCNUCCAAGAUCUGUGCUGCUUGCUCAGCUGGAAGAUAUGGCUUACUUGUUUGCAGCUAUGGGCGACGGAACUCUCUAUUUUUAUACAGUCUGUCCUUCUGCUGAUGGGAUUGUUCUGCGUGACGCAAAGCGGGUCAAUGCUGGUACCGGUCCUUCAAUGUUCCUCAAGCAAUGGCGUUCUCAGUGCAAGGUCAAUGUGUUUGUGUGCUCCAACCAUCCCUGUGUGAUUUACUCCAUCAAAAACAAGCUAAUUUUUGCCAAUUUGAACAUGAAGGAGGUGAAUUUCAUGGCCCCGUUGAAUGGCGCUUUCUACCGCGACUGUAUUGCGCUGGUAACACCAACAGCUCUAGUUAUUGGAUCUGUAGAUGAAAUACAGAAGCUCCAUGUCCGAACUGUACCUCUUGAGGAGACGCCAAAACGUUUGGCGUUGCAAGACGAAACUGGAAGUCUUGGUGUUAUCACAUACCGUCAAGAGGUUUUCCAGGAAGGCUCUGGGUUCAAACCUGUCCGCUCCUCCAUCUCCUUGUCACAAAAGGUUCCCAAGUCCACCAGCCGACUCCCAAAGACCGCACCCUCCUCCGUGUCCGCGACUGAACGCAAAUUCCGAGAGGUUGAGGUUUCAUCGCUGCUCAUAUUCAACAAAUCCACGAUGGAAUUGAUGUUCGCACACAGCUUCUACUUCAGUCAAACUUUAGUUGAAGUCGCCGUCAGUAUUGCUUCAAUUGAGCCCACCGAUGGAUCAAAGAACAUGCUGUACGCCGUGGGAACUGCUUUUCUGGUCGAGGAGGAAGUCGAACCUUCCAAAGGUCGCAUCCAUCUGUUCCACUGGGACCCGGAAACGGCAAGAUUGGAAACAGUUCUGGUCCACGACGUGAAUGGAGCCGUUUACCGGUUGCUCGAUUUUAAUGGCCGACUUUUAGCUGCUAUCAACAGUUCGGUCAGACUUUUUGACAUCAAAGAGGAUUCUCUACGUUUGGCAUGCAGUUUCAACGAGAAUAUUAUUGCUCUAUUCCUCCGCCGCAAGGGUGACUUUGUAUUGGUUGGGGACCUCAUGCGCUCCUUGACUUUGCUCCUCUACCGACCAAAUGUGAACAAUUUCGAAGCAAUUGGGCGUCAUCGUAAUCCACGUUGGACGACGUGUAUAGAAAUCUUGGAUGAUGAACAUUUCCUGGCUGCAGAGGUUGAAAAUAGCCUCUUUGUUGUCUCGCGUGACUCCCCAGAGAACACUCAAGAACCCACAGUUAGAGCCCUCCUAGCACCAUCCACCGGGGAAUCCUCGUGCGUCCUUCCUUCUUCGGUCGGUUUCAAAGCGAAGGCUACGGAUAGCUCGGCUCAAAGCAGAUCCGAUGCUGUCGACUCCUCUUCGACUACCCAGUCUGUCGAUGGAACUGGAGAUCCGACUGCAACAUCCACCCGAACCGCCUCUGGUACCAGUAGACAGCGACGCACAAGUGCCCCUCGUGGUACCAAUACAGCACCAUUAGGCAAUUCGAAUGCUGAUUCCACUGGUGCAAAUGUUUCAGGCGAAGUACAGCGAUUGGCCGACUGUGCUUAUAUCCAUACGGGCGAUUUCAUCAACGUUUUCGUUCGGGGUAACUUGGUGAUGCAAAACAACGAAGAACGUUGGCAAGCCAUUGGCCAUCCCAGUCAUUUGUAUGGCACUGUCAGUGGCAGCAUCGGUCUGAUUAUCCAAGUGUCUCCGGUUCUAUUCGCAUUUCUCAAAGAGAUCGAGUCCCGGUUAGCCAAAUUGGUGAACCCAGUCGGAGGAUUCGCGCAUGAUAUGUGGCGAGCAUUCAAGGCUGAACGUAUUGUUCGGAUGGCUCACAAUUUCGUUGAUGGUGAUCUGAUUGAGACGCUUUUGGAUUUGAGCUCCGAGGAUAAAGCGAAAUUGGUUAAAGGUUUGAGAAUCCCGGUCAAUAUGGAUGAGUUUGGAGUAGCCGGUUCCGCUUGUACUUCCGACCCGGAAACCCGUGAAUGCACUGCUGCGGACUUGGUCAAGGUGGUUGAAGAGAUGGCUCGUCUUCAUUGACCGCUUACUGUUUUCCUGUCGGAAGCCACAUUCUCCAACCAAGAAGUUAACUUAUUCCAUGGUUUUAUUGAUCCCCCUUGCAUGGCAUUUCGCAACCAGGCGUUCUACCAAUCUUGGCAAACACCUAACUGGAACCUGGUGUUUGUGUGUACAUCAACCCUACCUCAAUCUGGCCGGUCCCAAAAUUUUACUAUCGUUUUCUUAAAUGGCCAAUUGAGUACAAAUCACCCGACCCAUUUAUCGCUCUAUUUCGUUUUCAGUUUGCUCCGAAAGACAUUUUUGCCCAAUGAAUCAUUUAUUU